AUGGGGACUGGGUCACUGAUCCUUCGGAAGUUAAACAAGUGGCCUUCAAUUUCUUCUCAGAGAGAUUUUCGAUCUAGGUCUGUCAUUCGACCCCCUUUCUUGUGCAAUAAUUUUAAACAUCUAUCUCUGGAACAAGUGAGCUCUCUUGAAUCAAAUAUUUCCUUGGAGGAAGUCAAGAAAGCCAUUUGGGACUGUGGAUCAGAUAAGGCUCCUGGGCCUGAUGGAUUCUCUUUUGCGUUCUUUCGAUCACAGUGGGAUGUCAUCAAGGAUGACUUGUACCGUACCGUCAAAUUUUUUGAGUCCACUGCCUCCAUCGACGAUGGAUGUAACACCUCCUUCAUCAUGCUUAUACCCAAAUCAGAAUCUUCGUGCUCUUUUUCGGAGUACCGGCCCAUUAGCUUGAUAAAUUGUUUUUGUAAGAUUAUUGCGAAGAUCUUGGCGUCUCGAUUGAGCAUGGUCAUUGAUUCGGUUGUCGGGCACAAACAAUCUACCUUCAUCAAGGGGAGGAGUAUUUUAGAUGGACCCAUUAUCGUCAGCGAGAUAAUAUCUUGGCAAAAAAAACCAAUCGCAAAUCCUUGA